AUGAUUGCAGAAAUCCAGCGCACGCCAGGCUUGGUGCAAGUGACGACGGCUGGAUGCACCCUCUACCGAGUACCCUCUAUCGAGUUAUUGAACGAUCUAUUGGCUACGGCGCCUGGGGCCUCGAAGAGCCUUUGCGGCGUGAAAGGCAACACGACGAAGUCCAUCGAGUCGGCGGUGAAGCGGGGAGAAAUCCACCGCUUCGUCGCAGAGAUGGACGGAGAUAUCCCGGAGGAUUUCGACUCCGCAGCGCAGUGGCCGGAUUGUGAGAAGAUGAUCAACGACAUCCGCGACCAGUCUAACUGUGGCUGCUGCUGGGCCUUCGCAGGGGCUGAAGCUGCCUCUGACCGAAUGUGCAUUGCAACGAAGGGCAAGACGAUGAUCCCCAUCUCGGCCCAGGAUGUGUGCUUCAAUUCCAACCCGGAUGGUUGCGAUGGUGGCCAGAUUGAUACACCGUGGCAAUACAUCAAGGACACCGGUGCUGUGAGUGGCGGCCAGUACAAAGGAACAGGUCCCUUCGGGUCUGGCCUUUGCAGCGAUUUCUCGCUGCCGCAUUGCCACCACCAUGGUCCUCAGGGAAAGGAUCCGUACCCUGCUGAGGGCAAGCCCGGCUGCCCCUCUGAGGAGUCGCCACCUGGACCAACGCAGUGCGACGCCACAGCCAAAGCUCCUCACAACGACUUCAAGGAGGACAAGUACUACUACAAGGGCAAGACGCAGACAGCAUCGGGCGAGAAGGCCAUCCAGCAGAUGAUCGUGGCUGGUGGACCAGUGGAGACCGCAUUCACUGUGUUCUCCGACUUCGAGCUUUACACCUCCGGGAUCUACCACCACGUGAGUGGUGAGAUGGCAGGAGGACAUGCUGUUCGAAUGGUUGGCUGGGGCGUCGAUGGCGGCGUGAAGUACUGGAAGGUCGCAAAUUCCUGGAACCCUUACUGGGGUGAGAAGGGCUUCUUCCGCAUCAGGCGUGGGACGAACGAAGGUGGCAUCGAGGAUGAUGUUGUUGGCUCUUCCAGCGAUGUGUCCUGGACAGAGAAGCGGCUCUGCGAGCACGGCUUUGCCAUCCAAUGCGUCGACCAGCAGCAGCUCAACAUCUGCACAAAGCCGGCGCUCGGCCAGCCCUCGCACCAAAGCCAGUCGGACAGAGAGCCCGAAGAUGUCCAGGACUCCAGCCGCGAUGACUGCGCCCAAGGCAGCUGUUCCAAAGGUGGCAAGGCAAGAGAGUCCCCGCCUGAAGUCGGGAAGCCUUCAAUCCAGUGCGGUGCCGCUGGCAAAGUUCAGUUGGAGCGCGAUUCGCAGGGCAUCUCAGGGCAUGCGGGGCAUGACACGAACGGACGGCCACUGGAAAGGCGUGGCUGGGUCACGUUGGCAAGCUUGGCUUCUGUAUUCUUCGGAUUCGACAACUUCUUUGUUGCCUACGCUGGCAACGUGUUCAAACCUGUUGAAUACAUGGCUGCAAUGCUUCUUAUGGUGGGCGUAAUCAGCGCCCUUGGAAGCCUUCUGCUUGCUACCUUCUGCGAGAGCUUUAGGAAAGAGACCGCGAGCUGUUCGCGGCAAGCUUCGCCGUUGAAGCUCUUCUGGUUUCUUUCCAGUGGGGCCUUCAUCGCAUUGGCCCAGACCUGCGGGUGCUUAAGCUUCUCCUUGGAUGAGGUAAACUCGGGGCCACACCAAGCCGUUGUGGUCGCCAAUGUGCCUCUUGUCGGCAUGUUCUUCUAUGUGUACAGCGGAGAGACAUUGUCAAGACAGCAGCUGUUUGGCUGUUUUCUGAUCAUGGCUGGGGUCCUGUACAUGUCCGGCUUCUUUUCACUGUCGCGGCCAGCACGCGAGGAGCCAGCCCAAUUUCGAUCCUUCCUUUGGAUUUGCAUGUCCUGCAUGUUCUAUGCUGCCUCCAUCAUCACCAUCCGCUUAGCUGGCGAAGCCGAUCUACCAUCUCGCCCAAAAUCAGCAGCAAUCGUGUUCUCUUCUGGCAUCUUGGGUCCCCGCCACAGUUGCGAAGAGACAUUGCUUUAA